UGUAGAGUGGAAUGUAAGGCAGGUCGCCUCCACGCGGUGCAUUCUGGGUAACGCUAAAUGACCUGUGGCCUUCACGGCCUUUUAGACUACUACAGAUAUUUGACCUUGCAAUGACAUGGACUUUGAACAAAAUUACUGUUAUUGGAUUUGGUUGAAUCCUGGGCUGGUGGCCGAGGUAUUCCGUCACCUCAGUAUGUAGGGGUGACACCCUACAGAAAUGGCUGGCGGGCUAAUGCUGAGGCUGCCCCCGUCCCGUUAAAACCCUGGCAGGCCUCAGAGUACGUUCCUCUCCCGUCAUCAUUAAGUUGGUGUGGUAGGUGCAGGUUGAGACGACUCCCUCUUUACGCUGGUCGGCUCUGAACGCAUAGCUUCAUAAGGGCGUGCGUCAACCCUCGCCUUGGCCUCGUAAUUGAGAUAACCUUGGGACUAUUAAAAGCGACUACUUAUCCGGGAGAAGGAUAGCGGCUCUGAGUGGGGACCCAUGAAACAUGAAUACUAAAAACUCAAAACAAAUAAACGAAGGGAAAGGUAGGUGGGGACCUGCCUAUUCAGAAUUGGAUAAUGUACCAGGAUGGCUGUCAUUACCUAUGCGAACGGAACCGUUCUACGCAAGAGCUAAUGCAAAUAUUUCCACAGAAACGUGGCUUCUUCCUACAAGAGGCGGUAAUUCAGUGGAAGGAAAGUGGUGUUUACCCACAAGUAAUACAAGUAAGUGUGCCGUGCGAGACGAAAUGGCCAGCAGUAGCAGAGGAACCUCUGCUCCAAUUAGUAGUGGCUCGAGAACCUCAGCAAGCGCUAAGGGCCGUGGUAAGAAACAGAUGUCAGAACGUAGAAAACUGAAAUCGGAUCGUCGCAUGGCAACCAAGAUUUUACAGCGCUAUGGCGGCAAAAACACUGAGCAAGAAUCUGAGCAGCAUGCUAGCACUCUUGAGUGGGCUAAACGGGUGCUGAGCGGUAGAGAAAUUAAGCGAGCAGGAUCGAGAGAGGCCCAAUCUGCGCGUAAACGGCAUAGGUCGCACGAGGAGGAAGCCUCCAUCAGUAAAAACGCACGGACAGGACCGGUACAUACGAUCAAUGAUAACGCAAAACACAUCGGUCCAAUAGAACUUGGUGUCUUUGACCGCAGCAGAGAAGAUGGAGCUAUUUCCCGAGAGGAGUGGAAGCGAGUAGCGGCGGCUAUAUCCGCGGUUUUUAUGAAAGUGGUCAGGGGAAGUCCUGGACCACCUCCAACGUGCGAAAGUGCCGGUUGGCAUUGUGGACUGCAUAAACUAAUUAGAUGUGCCGACGAACGGUCGGCAUUCAUUUAUAAGGAAGCAGUAGCCAGAGUAGGCGAAGUUUGGAAGGGAGCAAGACUCGCGGCGGUUCCUAAAGAGGAUCUUCCACUUCGCCCACGAGCUCGUGUCUGGCUCCCAGCUGAACCUUCUAGUUCUGAAGAAAUUGAGGAGAUUUUGCGUUAUUGCAAUCCUUCACUACCCACCCACGACUGGAGGGUCAUCAGGUUAGAUUAUACUCAGAAACCGUAUCGGCAAGUGCUGUUGCUCCUAAACAAGGAAUCACUCGGUGCUCUUAACCUCACAAAAGGAGUCGUUAACUAUGGUUUCGAAAAAGUUGCUCUUGAAAUUAUACCUUGGGACGACAGGGAGGAUGACCUGCAAACUUCAAGUACUAGUACUGAAUUCGUCUUUGGUGCGAAUCUCUCACUUCUGGAGGAUAAAAAUCCUUCAGAUUAACCCUAUGCACACAUAGGCGGUCUCCGCCAAAUUCUUGCUUCGUCUCGAAAGAGACGAUGCCGAUGUUGUCCUAAUUAGGGACAAAUAACCAUAGGUCGCUGGCGGUCAAAAAUAUAAAUAUAAUUUGAGCUUGGUUUUGGGUCAGAAUUGAACCAAAAGUCGACACCACUAGCCUACAUUCCGCCUGACGACGAUCUCCAGUUUUGCAAUUUCGGAUGCGAACUUGAGCUGCUGAGACCAGGACGAAGACAUACAUAAAUGCUAGCGAGGAAGCUGGUGAGAGGAAAUGGUAAAAUUUGCAUGAACAGUUAAAAAAAUUGUAAUCCAAAUUGAAAGCGGGCUCCACAAGACCAAUCAGCAAUAUAUGGUGGAGAGCGGAAGUAUUUCAAAAACCUGUUUUUUUAUUAGAUAUAUAAUGCUUCCUAAAGGAAUAGAUUGAAAUUUUGGCGGUGGUGAUGGAGGCUUUAACUACUGCAACUACUGUAGUAAUCGGAAAAAUACUACAUCCGCUGAGUCAAUUAUUUAAGUUUGAAAUGCCGAAGUAAACGCCACCGGACCAUGUUUCGUAUACGUAAAAUUGACAUUGAGCUUUCGCCAGAUGCUGAAAAUAAAUUGUUUUGAGGUCUCUGCUUCCAUUCAUCGAGAGUUUGGUUACCGAUUCGACAUCUUCGAGGACUAAAUUUCAACACAUAUGUUUACAGGAAAUGAUAUCCAAGAAGGUCAAGGAAUUUCCGGAAGCAUGACUUCUGAUUUUUCUGACUUCCCGCUACCUGAUUCACAUAUACAUAUGUAUUUAAUGCUGAUUAGCAAACGGUUCAUGUAAAAUUAGUGUAGACCUAGAUCUCAAGGCACAAUUAAAAAUUUAAAUACAUAAUUACAAAAAUUUAAAAUAUCUUACUUAUUAAAACAACAACAUCAUAAACAGUAGAGAGUUUGAAAGUUUGUAUCACAUAUAAUGUACACAGGUUAUACAACGAGCCAAAAAAAAACUUAAAAAUCGCAUAUGCGGGAAAUGACCGACGGAUUAUUCUGAACAACUUUACCCAAGAGACAAUGGGUCUAAAACCGAUUUCGACACAGCGAUUUUAAGGCUAAGCAUUCUAGGGAUCACAAAAAUAUCUUGUUAGUUUUUCAGAUAUCCGAAUAAAAUAUACAUACAUU